AAGACGCGCCCCGGCGGCUAUCGAUAUGCCCUGGCUGUUGUGGAGUGGUUUCCCGCAUAUUCACUAACCGCUCCCCUGCGGAGAAAGCUCGCGGACGAAGUCGGGGCCGCUCUUGGCGACAUCUGUCCCUUCAUCGGCCUCCCGGGCGCGGUCGCUCGCGAUAACGGCCAAGCGCUUGCGCGUCUGAAGGACUUCGCCAAGGGAAGAAUCUAACGACCGCGCAGGACACUCCCAAACUAUGGCGAAGGCUUUGCAACUAACAAGACGGCCGCCAAUGCUCCGCGUUUGCGCGCUCCUUGGUUUCACUCCCCUCGCUUUCGGUCUAAUCUCGGCGAACGGAACCGCGGAACGAGCUGUGGGCAAAAUUAGGCGUGAGCCUACCAAACAUCAGGCCGCAAAGGGAAUCCCUGCAGAGCAGUGGCCUGAAGCUCUCAAGCCGGCCACCUUCAGGAUAAACAACAGACGCUCGGAAUGCGGCCGGGGAACGAGUCCGCGCGCCCUCAUCUUCGGCCGACGGCUAACGCCCCCGACCGCAUUUCGAACGGACACCGAAGGAGCCCGCGACCCUCCCGCCAACGAUGAAGGCGCCGAAUUCGUGAGCGAUGUCCCGG